UGAUUAUUUGGGGUAAAAAAACCGAAGGAAGUAGAAAGAAAAUUGCAGAAGGGCAACAAUGUCCAGUCCAGAGCAUUGAGCAAACUACAAACACCAAACUUCAACAAAUCACUUCAAAAAAAAAAAAGAAAAAAAAGAGGAGAGGCAUGUCUUUACCCCCAAGGCUCUCUCGUUUAUCAUCUUCUUCCCUUCCUAAAACCCCACCUCUUCAAACACUGCUUAAACGCGGCUUCACCCCCACGCUCAAAUCCAUCAACCAGCUCCUUCUCUUUCUCUCCCACUCCCGAAGAUUCAACGCCGUUAUCCAUCUCUUCUCUCAGUUGGAUUCCAACAAAAUCAAUCCCAAUUCCCAAACUCACUCGAUCCUCAUUUGCUCUCUCCUCAAAUUGCACAAAUUCGAAGAAGCCGAACAUUUGGUGAGUACCCAGAUGUCGAAAUGUCCCGAUUUCCCCAAAACUCGGUUUUGGGAUUCUCUAAUUCAAGGAUUUGGUGUCAUCCGAAACAACCCAGAGAAGGGUCUUUUGUUGUUAAAGGAUUGCUUGAGUGAUUCUGGUACAUUGCCUUCUUCUUUUACUUUUUGCUCGUUGAUUCAUGGUUUUGUAUCUCAAGGGAAUAUGGAUAGAGCAAUUGAGGUGUUGGAGUUGAUGACAGGUGAUAAUGUUAGAUACCCUUUUGAUAAUUUUGUUUGUAGUUCAGUGAUUGUUGGUUUUUGUAAGAUUGGGAAACCUGAAGUUGCAGUUCGGUUUUUCGAAAAUUGUAUGAAUUCAGGAGCUUUAAAGCUUAAUGUUGUUACUUAUACAGCUCUUUUAAGCAGUUUUAAUCUGUUGGGUAAAUUUGAUGAGGGUUGUGAGUUGGUUUAUAGUAUGAAAAAGGAAGGGCUGGCUUUGGAUGCUAUUCUUUAUAGCUGUUGGAUUUUAGGGUAUUUUAGAAAUGGGUGUUUAAUGGAGGCUUUGAGAAAAUAUAGAGAGAUGGUUGAAAGAGGAAUAAACCCUGAUACUGUGAGCUACACUGUCCUUAUUGAUGGGUUUUCGAAGGAAGGUAGUGUUGGGAAGGUUGUUGGAUUUCUGAAGAAGAUGUUGAAAGAUGGGGUGAUGCCGAAUGUGAUUACGUAUACGGCAAUCAUGUUAGGUUUCUGUAAGGAAGGGAAAUUCGAGAAGGCAUUUAGGUUGUUCAAGGAAGUUCAAGAUAUGGGGAUUGAAGUGGAUGAGUUUAUGUAUGCAACGUUAAUUGAUGGAGCUUGUCGGAAAGGAGAUUUUGAUUGCGUCUUCCAUUUGUUAGAUGAAAUGGAGAAGAAAGGGAUUAAGCCAAGUGUUGUUACUUAUAACAUAGUCAUCAAUGGUUUGUGUAAGGUUGGGAGGACAUCUGAAGCAGAUAAUGUAUUCAAAGAAGUAGCCGGUGAUAUUAUAACAUACAGUACUCUGUUGUAUGGUUAUACCGAAGAAGGGAAUAUAAAAGGAAUUAUUAAGACGAAAGAAAAAUUGGAAAAAUCUGGUCUUUGUAUGGAUGUUGUUGCAUGUAACAUACUUAUCAAAGCAUUCUUUAUGGUUGGUGCAUUUGAAGAUGCUCGUGCACUCUACCAAGCAAUGCCGGAAAUGGAUUUAAAUGCAGAUUCGAUUACUUAUUGCACAAUGAUUGAUGGCUACUGUAAAGUGGGCAGAAUAGAGGAGGCACUUGAAGUAUUUGAUGAGUAUAGGGUGUCAUUAGUUUCUUCUGUUGCAUGCUAUAAUUGUAUAAUAAGUGGGCUAUGCAAACAGGGAAUGGUCGAUAUGGCCAUUCAAGUGAUUAUUGAACUUGGUGAGAAAGGUUUCAUUUUGGACAUGGGUAUCUCUAUGAUGUUGAUCCGGGCAGCUUUUGCUCAAAUGGGUGCAGUGGGAGUUAUGAAUUUUGUUUACAAACUCGAGAAUUUCGGGUCAGACACUUACAAUAGUUUAUGUGACGAUGCUAUCCGUUUCUUGUGCAAAAGAGGUUUUGUUGAAACUGCAACUGAAGUGUACUUCGUGAUGAGGAGGAAGGGUUUAAUUUUGAUGAAAAGUUCGUAUAAUUUGGUAUUAGAAAAGCUUAUUUAUGGUGGGACAACGUCUCUAGUUGGCCCUUUUCUCAAUUUCUUCCUGAAAGACUAUGGCCUUGUUGAGCCUAUUGUUGGCAAGAUUUUGGCACAAUACUUGUGUCUUAAUAAUACGGACAUUGCACUACGGUUUCUCAAGAAAAUGAAGGAGCAAGUAUCAACUGUCAGUUUACCUCCCUCGAUUUUGAAAAACAUUGUAAAGGAGGGUAGGUUAUUGGAUGCAUAUAAACUUAUCUUAGAAGCUAGCGAAAGUUUCGCUGAUAUGGAUGUGGUUGAUUACUCAUUCCUGGUUCAUGCCCUUUGCAAAGAAGGAUACCCUAAUCAAGCCUUAAAUCUGUGUUCUUUUGCCAAAAAUAAUGGGAUUACUCCGAACAUUGUAACAUACAAUUCGGUCAUAAAUGGCUUGUGUUGUCAGGGGUGUCUUGUUGAAGCACUCCGACUAUUUGACUCGUUAGAAAGAAUUGGCUUGGUUCCCUCUACAGUUACAUAUGCAACACUAAUUGAUAAUUUAUGUAAGCAAGGUUUACUGCUGGAAGCCAAAAAUUUAUUCAAUGGUAUGAUGUACAAGGGAUGUAAACCGAAUAUACGUGUAUAUAAUUCAUUCAUUGACAAUUACUGUAAGUUUGGUCAAAUGGAUGAAGCCUUGAAGCUUCUAUCUGAUCUUGAGAACAAGAGUGUUAAGCCUGAAGAGUUCACUGUUAGUGCUCUGAUUUAUGGGUACUGUAUGAAGGGUGACAUGGAAGGUGCUCUUACAUUCUAUUCCGAGUUCAAAAUGAAAAAUGUAUCUCCUGAUUUCUUGGGUUUUAUUCAUAUGGUACGAGGUCUUUGUGCGAAAGGAAGGAUGGAAGAGGCAAGGAGUAUCUUGAGAGAAAUGCUUCAGACAAAAUCUGUUGUAGAGCUGAUAAAUAACAUUGAUACCAAGAUCGAGUCAGAGUCGAUAGAAAGUUUUCUUGUAUUCUUAUGUGACCAAGGAAGUAUCCAAGAAGCUCUGGUAGUUCUUAAUGAAAUCGCAUCUAUACUUUUUCCUAGUCAAAAGUGGUUCACCGUUCAUCAAGAAUCUCAAGCACUGAACAAUGGUUUGAAGAGUGAAACUCUUUCUGCAGUCUCUACCGUGUCAGCUGGAUCCAACAAAAUAUCCGAUUCAGAUGGUGCAGCGGAAUGCUAUGAUAUUGGAAAAGAGGAAUCUCAAUUUCGUAGUUUUGACUUUUACUAUUCCUUACUUAGUUCACUCUGUUCGAAAGGGGAGCUGCACAAGGCAAAUAAAAUUAUGAAUGAUAUGCUUUCGAGCUUGCAGGGAGAUAUGUAGUCAAAUUACUAUUAUUUAGUUGCCAUGUCUAAAACCUAAAACUUUCUCUGCCCGGGAGAUAGGACAAGAAGCAAUGUACUUACAGGCUAACGCUUGUCUGUUUCUGAUAAACGAUAACCAUGCCAUUUAAACUUCUUAUCUUCCAGAAGGCCUGCCUGUUUCUGGUUAAAUUUGUUUUUUGAGAUUUUCAUACAUUUGGAGAGUCCUUGGAGGAUCAUAUCCUCAUACUGAAGUUCAGAAAUGGGCAAGAUGCAGGUGUCAGACAUGGGUACUCCAAGAAAAAUGAAAAGUCAGAGCAACAUAGCCAUUAGCCGGGGUUGGAUGGCAGAAAUUGCAUUGCUGAUGCACAUUACAUGCUGGCCAUUUUUCCAGAAGGUUGAUCUUGGUGAUAUUGCAAACCGGUCAGUAACACUUGUUGACUGGUCUGCAAGAAAGCGGUGUUGAGAAUCAUCUGGCUUGGGAUGUUACUGAUGAGCUUCUAAAGGAUAUCAUGGGUGCCAUUUUCUCUCAGACCAGUCAACGCGCGUUACUGACCAGUUUGCGAUGCCACCGGGGUCAACCAACUGAUAAAAGGAACAAGCGUUAGAAGAAGCUAAAGUGAAAUGUAUGAAACAUGAUGCAGAGUAUGAUUCUUACAUUGAAAAAGGUUGGGAGGUAAUGCUCGUCGGCAAUGCAGUUUUUGCCAUCCGCAAAUGGCUGUUAUAAUCAAGAACGUGAAUGACUGAAUGUCAGCAACAUAAACUUAGGCACAAAUUCUAUCAUUUUGUGCCCUUGUUAAAGCUAGAAAUACUAUCUUAGUGCUAAUGCUAAUAGUUAAGCUAGAAAAUGACGGAAAUAAACAUCAAUAAGGAUAGUUGAGACCAGUCUAACAGACAAUGGUAAGGAUACGUAAUGCUUUCGAUAAACAGCAAUUGUUAAGAGCUACUUUUGGCAUCAUGUACCAAAAGAAGUUACACUUAGGCCACCUAAAAUUAAUUCUUCUUAUGUUUCAACAUUAUAGUCGAAAUGGUGAAUACAAAGAAUAAUCAUUAAAAUUGGAACAAAUAAAA